GCUUGCUGAUAAAACGGGUAAAACCCAAUCUUUCAAUCCCAGAAAGAUAGCAACUUUAUUUCUCCAUUUUGCUUUCAAACAAAACUCAUAAAAGAUAGCGCACACACACACAUUAGUGAAUUUUGGUACCCAUGACGGCUACUCUUUCACCAUUUACGUAUGCCCUAAUGAAGAAUGGAGCAACGAUUUGUGCCAAAUUGAGUAUAGAGAAUUCCAUUAGUGAACCUGAUGAUCAUUGCAGCUCGAAUUCUUGCACUACAUCCCCUUCUUCGCUUGGAUCAACACAGCCUUUACCCAACUCGCAAAAUCCGGAAACCAGAACCGUCAAGAGGAACCGCGAUUCCACCAGCAAACACCCGGUCUACCGUGGCGUUAGGAUGCGUAGUUGGGGUAAAUGGGUGUCUGAAAUCCGUGAGCCCAGGAAGAAAUCACGAAUAUGGCUCGGGACUUUCCCUACACCAGAAAUGGCUGCCAGGGCACACGAUGUGGCCGCACUAAGCAUCAAAGGCAACUCGGCCAUGCUUAAUUUCCCAGAACUUGUUGGAUCGCUACCCCGACCAGCUUCUUGCUCCCCUAGAGACGUACAAGCCGCUGCGGCUAAAGCAGCAGCCAUGACAGAAUUUGACUUUCCAUCUUCAUCUAUAGAAACUGCGUCAGAAGAACUCGAUCAGAUAAUUGAGCUGCCUGUUCUCGGUUCGAGCUUUGACUCGCUUGAGUUGAAGAAUGAUUUCGUAUACACUGACUUGGUGGCCGACGGGUGGUUGUAUCCACCCCCGUGGAUGAACCGCGGCGGUGAUCAGGAAGAUGGGUAUGUUGUUUCUGGUCAAGAAAACGUGAUUUCUACUGCCUUUGAAUCUUUUUGGUGGAAUUAUUAGUGUGUUGGGUCUCUCUCACUACUUUUUCUUUUACUGUUUUCACUUUGGCCCUUUUCGUUUUUUCAUCCCGAGGGGUUAUCUGUGUGCUUGUUUUUCUGUAUGUUCUGUGCAUUCAGUGAUACCUUUUAUUGUAUAUGUAAAUACCCAUAAAUUCCUCUCUGUGCAAAAUUGAGCUCACAUACGU